AUGGAGCGCGGACGGGAGGCAAUCUUUUCGGAUGAUGAAGACAGCGACGACGAUGCUCGUGCCACAUCCGCAGCGCCAGGUGGCAUUGAUGACGUGGCAGCGGCAGAAGCUGCCACGCGGGCUCUUGCUCGGUUAGAGGCAGGUGACUUCCUGGAGGGGCUGGGCGAGGAGCUGGGCUUGCAGGUGGACCCGUGGGAGGUGCGACGCGGGGCAGGGGGCGAGGGCAGGCGAGAGGAGAGGGAGGGCAGCAAGGGUGCGAAGCGGGAGAGUAAGGCGGAAGGGGAGGGCAGGAAAGGAGCAGGAGGGUGGUGUGUGGGGCCAGGGGCGUGA